CUUGAAUACAAUGGCCGACCCGAUUUCCAUCAUAUCGGUAGUGGAUCUCUGCUUCAAAUAUGGAGCAUUAUUGGUUGAAAGGUGUUCUGCUUUCGCCCAUGCAGAGUCCGAACUUCUAGAGCGCUCGGUCCGAGUCAAAAAUUAUUGGAUCCGGGCCGAGACUCAGUUGAAGUUGGUUCGAAGUAUUGCACACACACUGGAUGAUGAACAUCAGGCAGUACAACAAGAGACGCUAGAGCUGCUGGCAAGCAAACUCAAAAUUACGGUCAAUAGCAUCCAGUCUGUCACCAAGGCCACGGAUGUGAAUGGUGGGUCGGUCCGACAAGUCCAGCGCUGGAAGUAUGCACUUCUCCGGCAGAAGAUCGACGGUGCCAUCCAAGACCUGGAGCUGUGGCAGAAGAUGUUCGACCCUUCUUGGUAUUUAAUCAUGAAAGCCGCGACAUCCCAGAUAGAUGCCGACUUGCACGCAUUCAAGCAUGCAGUUCCCGCUGAGAAUCGUGCUCCAAUAACGUCUGCCCAGUCUCUCAGGACGGCGUUAGAUGCCACUUCUACCAGCAACCUUCGUAUCUUUCUUCGGGAAGAUGGGAUCAGUUCACUUCAAUUGACCGAUCUCCCUUUAUGUUCCGCACAGUGGGCCCAAAGGGAAGAUCCGUCCAAAGCACUCAUCCUCGAGCGUUUCCAACCAUCUGCCGGCGUGAACAUCAGGCAACUGGAGAAGGACGCUCGAGAUCUGGCAAGAAAGCUCGCUCACUCCAGUCCCACUGAAUUUGGUCUUCUGAACUGCAAGGGCGUGGUCAAGCAUUCCGGCGAUGACCCAGCCUCACGUGAUCCUACUGCGUUCACAUUCAUUUUCAGAAUACCCACUGGCUACUCACGUCCCCGCAGCCUGCGCAGUUGCCUCACAGAGAUGCAAGGAACGGACUCCCUCUCCGACCGAUUCAGCCUAGCGAAUGAACUGGCCAGAUCAGUCAGCUACGUGCACACCUUCGGGUUUGUGCACAAGAACAUCCGCCCGGAGACAAUAUUGCUCUUGACGAACGACUCGUCCGUGGGAUCCGCAUUCCUGAUCGGGUUUGACAGUUUCCGUAUGGCAGAGGGCAAAACUCUCCGCAAGGGGGACGCAGCAUGGGAGAGAAGCCUUUACCAGCACCCAAGCCGAAUGGGACUGGUUCCGACCGAGGACUAUAUCAUGCAGCAUGACAUUUAUAGUCUGGGCGUCUGCCUCCUGGAGCUAGGCCUGUGGGAGUCGUUUGUGCAGUAUCAGGACAAGACGGCGUCUCUGCCUAAUGAUGGCUCCAGUCUAAACCCGACACGGCACUCUGUUUUGGGAAACGAUCUGCCGCCCGUGCUUUUCAAAGACCAUCUGGUUGCACUUGCCCGUGGAGAACUCCGGAGUAAAAUGGGAACGAGAUAUGCGGAAAUAGUCGAAACGUGUCUCACAUGUCUUGAUCCAUAUAAUGUGGAUUUUGGCGAUGCCGACGAAUUUGUGGAUGAAGAUGGAAUUCAAAUAGCUGUUCGAUAUAUUGAAAAGGUUACCAUGAAACUCAACAAUAUUUGUGUCUGAGACGUCUGAGCGGAUUCCUCGGUCUUCCUGCUGUCCUUAUCACUGAAAUCAAGAAGGAAAAGUAAAAGAGUGGAGCUCUGGGCGAUGGUGAGAAACCAGGGAUGAAUUCAGCUGGGCAAUCUAGAAAUGGAAACAUCCUUCUUUGGAUGAAAGUCCGACAGAAAACAUCUCAAUCCUGAUGACAGGAGUUGAAUGAAGGUUGAAGUGCACUUGAUGUUCCUUCCAUCGACAGAAGAGCAACAAAUGGUCGUCACGUGGCUAUGUGCACCGCCGACCGCACAAAUAUAUAUUACCACCAUGGAUUGAAAAUGGGGAUUUAAUGUUCUCGUUUAUACUUUUCAUUAAUACGGCCUGAAUACUGAACUUUCAUUAAACGAAAAUUAUACGGGAGAAAAUAGUUUUACAUAAAUCUAGUGAAAU